AUGGAACGACUGGUAAACAGACGGCUUGUGCAUCACCUCGAAACCGAAGGCCGUCUGGAUCACAGGCAGCACGCCUUCAGAGCUGGCCACGGCACGGGGUCAUACCUGGCCGCCCUGGGUCAAAUUUUAGACGAAGCGUUGGAGAGAGGAGACCACAUUGAGGUAGCAUCACUAGACUUGGCUAAAGCGUAUAACAGAGCCUGGAUGCCGGGAGUCAUGCAGCAGCUCGCCGAUUGGGGCGUAACAGGUCACUGUUUGCACUUCAUCAAGCACUACCUUACCAACCGCACUUUCCAAGUUGCCAUAGGCAACCAUUUAUCCAAGCCAACUCGAGAGGAAACUGGAGUCCCCCAGGGCUCGGUAAUUGCGGUAACCCUGUUCCUGGUAGCAAUGAAUGGUGUUUUCAACAUCUUGCCAGCAGGAGUAUGCAUCCUAGUAUACGCAGAUGACAUUCUGUUGCUAGUCACCGGUAAACACCCAAAGGCCACACGGAGGAAGCUGCAAGCCGCAGUCACUGCGGUCGCUGGAUGGGCGGACAAAAAUGGUUUUGAGCUUGCAGCUAAAAAAUGUGCCCGGCUGCAUAUCUGUGAACAUCGUCACACGCCUCCCUCAGCACAGCUGAAAGUCAAAGGUGUUCCGAUCCCUAAUCAAAAAACCUUAGAAGUGCUUGGAAUCACACUGGAUCGAACGCUUUCAUUCCGCAACCAUUUUGGCAAGGUCAAGGACCGAUGCAAGACCCGAUUAAAUCUGCUCAGAGCGAUAUCUGGGAAACGCACGCGUAGUGACCGACAGUCCCGUCUUCGAGUAGCCGAUGCUAUUGUCACCAGCCGAAUUUUUUACGGGGUCGAAAUCACCUGCCGGGCGACGGAGCAGUUACUGAAUACCCUAGGACCAGUUUACAACGGUGCAAUCCGCACAAUAUCAGGUUUAUUACCGUCAACACCUGCCCUGGCAGCUUGUGCCGAGAUAGGUGCACUGCCGUUUCAACAUAAGCUAACCUUGACGAUUAGCUGCCGAGCCGUCGGAUACCUACAGAGCACAAUUGACGAUGGGUCCGUUGGCUUCCUCGGCAACCAAGCCAACCGAGCCCUAACGGAUAUGGCCAUCCCUCGGCUUCCCCCGGUGGCUGGUCUCCACCGGAUCGGCCCUAGAAGCUGGGCGGCAGAGAAGCCAAUGGUGGACGUAACCAUCAAGAGGCAUUUCCGCAAAGGCGCAAACCCUCAAAGCGUCAAGGCCAGCUUUGCAAGAAGAGUCUGUGAGAAGUACCGAGAAACGGAAAUUAUCUACACUGACGGCUCUAAAAAGGAUGAGUUGGUUGGCAUCGGCAUUCAUAGUAAAGACUACAACGAGUUUCACCGACUAGGAAGCCUGUGCUCGGUGUUCUCAGCCGAGGCGGCAGCGAUAUCGCGAGCCAUUGCUCACCCCCGCUCUGCCCCACUGCUAAUCGUGUCGGAUUCGGCCAGCGUACUCGAUGCUCUGCAGAGCCCUAGUAAUAAACAUCCUUUCGUCCAGGAGAUUCAGGAGUUGCUGAACGAAUGCCAAAAUGAGGUCACCUUCAUGUGGGUGCCGGGCCACUGCGGUAGCAAGGGGAACGAAGAAGCUGACAGCCUGGCUUCUCUCGGUCGUGAAGAAGCACUCCUCACCCCGAAGAUACCGGGGGACGAUGUCAAGAUGUGGCUUAGACACAGGGGUGUCGAAGUCACUCCAGCGAUGCGGUGCUGGUCGAUGCCUGGCAUCCGGUUAGCUGACGCUUCAACGACCCUAACCGGUGUUACGACGCGUUCUACUCGAUCAGCCCUCGGCAGUGGAUAUAGCCUACUCCGUCAGAGUUCCCCGGCGAAGGAGUAUCUCCCAACACCGAUCGUUGUCCCUCCCGCCAAAUUCGCCGUAGUGCUGAAAUGA